GUCCAUUUGUUCUGCUCUCACAAUGAGAGAGGCUCUGUGGUGCAAUGGACAGCGCUUUGGACUUCUAGCAAUAAUACGUGAUUCAACGGUUGUAGGUUUGGGUUCCACCAGAGUUGUAGUUUAUGCCUUGUAAAUGAAAAAUGUAGGGAGUUUACAUUUCCAGACAGUUAAGGGCUUAUGUGCCCCUGAACAAGAUGCUAUCCUGUGCCUGGUUUGUGUGUUCACUACUGAUGUCUAAAUAGGAUGGGUUAAAUGCAGAGCCUGUGGAGGGCGCUACUUGCCUUUGAGCCUCCAUCGACAGUGAAGUAGAAGAAGAACGAGGCGAGAGAGAAGAAGAAUUGAAAAGGAAAACGAAGUAAAAGUAGAAGAGGACAUGCACAUCUUUUCUCUGCUGCUGUUUGUGUGUAGUUUUAACUUAAUCACAAGUUGUUGACAAUUUCAUUGCAAAGUAAGAAGAGGACCUGCUGCUACACACUGUUACCGAAAUGAAGCUCAACAUUGACGGUCUGUUGGUGUAUUUUCCAUAUGACUACAUCUAUCCUGAGCAGUACUCCUACAUGCUGGAGCUAAAAAGGACACUGGAUGCUAAGGGACAUGGAGUGUUGGAGAUGCCAUCAGGUACAGGGAAGACCAUCUCUCUGCUUUCUCUCAUCAUUGCCUACCAGCGGGCCUUUCCUUUAGAAGUGACCAAGUUAAUUUACUGCUCCAGAACAGUUCCUGAGAUCGAGAAGGUUGUGGAGGAGCUGAGGAGGCUGAUGGAGUUUUAUUCUAAGGAAACUGGGGAAAGCAACAACUUCUUGGCUCUGGCCCUUUCCUCCAGGAGAAACCUCUGUAUCCACCCUGAGGUGAGUGCUCUGCGCUUUGGUAAGGAGGUUGAUGGGAAAUGCCACAGUCUGACAGCAUCGUACAUUCGUGCACAGCGUCACAGCGACCCCAACCUGCCUGCCUGUCGUUUCUAUGAGGAGUUUGAUGCAGUCGGGCGACAGGUGCCACUGCCCGCUGGCAUCUACAACCUUGACGACCUGAAGGACUUUGGCAGGAGGAAAGGCUGGUGCCCUUACUAUCUGGCUCGCUACUCGAUUCUUCAUGCCAACAUUGUGGUGUACAGCUACCAUUAUCUUCUGGACCCCAAAAUAGCUGACCUGGUAUCCAAAGAGCUGGCCAAAAAAUCUGUAGUGGUGUUUGAUGAAGCUCAUAAUAUUGACAACGUUUGUAUCGACUCCAUGAGUGUGAACAUCACCAGACGAACACUGGACCGGUGCCAGACCAACGUGGACACACUGCAGAACACCAUACAGAAGAUUAAAGAGACAGAUGCUGCUAAACUGAAGGAGGAGUACAGGCGACUGGUGGAGGGGUUGAAGGAAGCCAAUGUUGCCAGAGAAACAGACGUCUACCUCGCAAAUCCAGUGUUGCCAGAUGAAAUUCUUCAAGAGGCAAUCCCUGGUACUAUUCGCACAGCCGAGCACUUUGUUGGUUUCUUGAGGCGUUUCCUGGAGUACCUGAAGUCCCGCCUGAGGAUCCAACAUGUUGUACAGGAGAGCGCCCCACAGUUCCUCAAAGACAUUUUUGACAAAGUCUGCAUCGACCGCAAGCCUCUCAGGUUUUGUGCAGAGAGGUUGCAGUCACUACUGCGAACUCUGGAGAUUGUCGACAUUGCAGACUUCUCAGCUGUUACUCUCAUUUCCAACUUUGCUACCCUGGUCAGCACCUACAGCCAAGGUUUUACCAUAAUCAUCGAGCCCUUUGAAGACAGAACUCCGACAAUCGCAAACCCUGUGCUACACUUCAGUUGCAUGGACCCAUCUAUAGCCAUCAAACCUGUUUUUCAGAGAUUUCAGUCAGUCAUCAUCACCUCAGGGACUCUGUCUCCACUGGACAUCUAUCCCCGAAUCCUGGACUUUCGCCCUGUUACCAUCGCAUCCUUCACCAUGACACUGGCGCGGACCUGUCUCUGUCCUCUGAUUGUUGGAAGAGGAAAUGACCAGGUGGCCCUGAGCUCAAGGUUUGAGACCAGAGACGACAUUGCUGUGGUUCGUAACUAUGGCAACCUACUACUUGAGAUGUCUGCCAUUGUCCCUGAUGGUAUUGUGGCAUUUUUCACCAGCUAUGUGUACAUGGAGAACAUAGUGGCGUCUUGGUAUGAACAGGGUAUUCUGGAAAAUAUCCAGAGAAAUAAGUUGAUCUUCAUUGAGACUCCGGAUGCUGCAGAGACGAGCAUGGCCCUGGAAAAAUUCCAAGAGGCGUGUGAAAAUGGCAGAGGAGCCAUUCUUCUGUCUGUGGCCAGAGGAAAAGUGUCUGAAGGAAUCGAUUUUGUGCAUCAUUUUGGCCGAGCAGUCAUCAUGUUUGGAGUGCCUUAUGUCUACACACAGAGCCGCAUCCUUAAGGCUCGUCUGGAGUACCUUCGGGAUCAGUUUCAGAUCAGGGAAAAUGACUUCCUCACAUUUGACGCCAUGCGUCACGCAGCACAGUGUGUGGGCAGAGCCCUCAGAGGCAAGACCGACUAUGGACUCAUGAUUUUUGCUGAUAAGCGUUACGCCCGAGCAGACAAACGAGGGAAGCUUCCUCGCUGGAUUCAGGAGCACAUUAACGACGGCAGUCUGAACCUCACAGUCGACGAGGCUGUCCAGCUCUCCAAGCACUUCUUGCGGCAGAUGGCUCAGCCUUUCAGACAGGAGGACCAGUUGGGCCUGUCUCUGUUGACUCUCGAGCAGCUGGAGUCGGAGGAGAUGCUGCAGAAAAUCGCUCAAAUCGCUCAUCAGACAUGAAGGUGACACACUGCUGCAUCAUCACCAAGACAAUGUCCAUAAUCCAGUGGAUUAAAUAGCUCUUAGUUUUCCAGGGUUUACCUCAUCCAGACCAUUCAGAUAAAAAAUGUAACAUUACAUUUCUUCUAAGUUGUUAUUUUCCUUUUAUAUUUUAGUCUCUUCUAGUUUGUAUAGAGACAUUUAAAGAUGUCUCAAAUCUGGUAAAAUCAAUGUAUUCUAUGUGAGAAACUGUCAAUAUGUCCAAGAUUAAAUACCAUCAGGGUCAUGAGGCUCAAAAAGAGCCCCUCAGCAAUUCAAUAUAUCAUACACGAAGUCUGUAAAUGUGUUUGUCCAUUUUUAUAUCAGAGAAAAGUCCAUCAAAUCUAAUACCAAUCACCUACCAGAAUGUGAUAGAAUUUCAAAACCAAUACUGUUCUUCAUUAGGUACAUCUUCAGUCCACUGGUCAGCAUGUACUUCAGGACCACAUACAACUUUUAGCUCAUUGUAAAACCCUUAAUCUGUGCUAAAUGUUGCAACAGAAAUUUGAGUAAUGCCUGACAUAGAUAUUAGUUAUAAACUGACACAGUGCUUUUUAUUAUUGCACCAUUCAGUAUUCUUAAACCCAUCUUUAUUUCUUUCUCCCUGAUGCACAUAGUGAGCAGCUGUUGUUAGUAAAGGACACCACAUGACAAGUAGAGGAAGGAAGGGUUUUGCAUGGGCUCAACAUUUUGUAUGCUCAGUGUAUGAUAUUCAGUAUUACACAUUGAAUUCUUUGAGUUAUGCUACACAAACUGUUACUUACUUCCUGUGUUUAAAACCAAACAAACCAUGUAGUUUUGUUUUUUUACUUAGUUUGAAACAAACCUGCAUAAGUAUUGAAAAUAAUUAAAAUCAAUAAUUCAUCAGUGUCAAAACAUUGCAUUAACAACAGAAAUAUUAUGCCACCUGUGUGUAAUAUUAAUUUAAUGUCUGUCAUACAGACAUGACUGCUGUUUACUACUGCAACUGUACAUUUUAUAGUGAACAUGGAUAUUUUUGUGUGUUUUUUCACCUGGAGGCUGCAAUAUACAUGUAUUAAUACCUGAUUUUUGUUUGAAUUUUGUUGUGAAUUCCAUCCAAGAAAAUCAAGCCUAGGGCAAAUAUUAGUGGAACAAAAAUAAAUGACAUUCACUUGUCAACUCUGAAA